AUGCGCAUAUGGCGGCGGAAAGCUGCCUCUGGCGAUGACAAUAGCCAGACGGGAGAACGGCGCCAAUGGUUUUCCUUUGGCGCGAUGAAGAAGGCGAAAGAAUUGGAGAAAGACAACGAGGCGCCAGCCACAGCGAAAGUAGCGGCAGCUACUUCAGGGCACCCAAGAUGGAGGCUUGGUGGUUUGCGGCCGAUGUCCGGGGUCAUGGUGCUGCCAUACCGAUCGUGGCACACAACAGGGUGGCGUCGUCAGCUGCCCGAGGACCGAAUCGCUCCCGCCGACACCAACAAAAAGAGGACCCAGGCUCCCCUCUUGAGAAAAAACGCCGAGGUGUCCAUCAGGGGGGAGAGGCGUGUCUACCUGCCGAUGGCAUCGCAGACAACAGCGGAGGAGAAGAAGGGGCGCAUCAAGCCGCGGUGGGCUUGCUACCGAUACUUCACCGUGGUGUCCAUCAGGGGGGGGAGGCGUGUCUACCUACCGACGUCAUCGGAGACAACAGCGGAGGAGAAGAAUGGGGGCGGCAAGCCGCGGUGGGCUUGCUGCCGACACUUGACCAUGGUGUCCAUCAGGGGGGGGAGGCGUGUCUACCUGCCGACGUCAUCGGAGACAACAGCGGAGGAGAAGAAGGGGGGCGGCAAGCCGCGGUGGGCUUGCUGCCGACACUUGACCAUGGUACGCUCUGGAGGCGUCCAUCGGGGGGGGGAGGCGUGUCUACCUGCCGACGCCAUCGGAGACAACCGAGGAGAAGGGGGGCGACAAGCCGCGGUGGGCUUGAUGGCGACGCUUGCUGCCAACACCACCGAAGUCCGCCAUGAUGAGCAGGCAGAAUCAUCACAUCGCCCAGCACGCUUUGGAGAUCGUGCGCAAGGGGGUGGUGGGGCAGUGUUGCCAACGGGCCUCUUCGGAUAUCUUGGUGAAGAAGAGGAGAAGGUGGAGGAGAAAGAGGUAGUGGAGUCGGCACACACAUCCAGCCUCACAACCGGACACGCGGGGCAAGAGCAGGGGACUCUGCUACCCGCCGGCCUUCUCGGCUUUCUGGGGGGCGUGGAGGAGGGAGAGGCGGCGCCUCGAGUUGGUCAAUCAUGCGAGACGAGCCGUCAGCACCAGGAAGGGCGGCAGCAUGAACCAAUCAUGCUGCGAGAGAGGAUGCAGGCCGGCAACGAUCGGGUGGGGCACCGCGAGAGUGCGGCCGGGUGGUGGAUGGCCGAAGAGAAAGGUUCGUACGUGGCCGCCGCUGGUUUUAGUCGGAUCGAGAGCAAGCCACGGGACGAACGCUUCUCAGGCGAAGUCUGUUCCGGAAGGACGAUCGGUGCUACCGCAGACCAGGGCAUGCGGGCGGAGGCGACGGGCUUGGAGGGCCGUGCUAUGCGGGCUGAGGGGCGUGUCGAUAUGUUCGAUCACCGUCUUGAGGUUGGCGUUGGGGAGCACCUCUGGACGAAGGACGACAAGACAUGUGAAGACGUGGCCGUCGGCAUGCGACAGGAGCAGCUUGUGUUGCAGAACAUGGACGGCAUGGCAUCGCAUACUCUAGAGGCCAAGGCUGAAGGCAAGGGUCCGCCGUUGCGACCACCGAUGAAGCGGGUCCAGAUGCUGAAUUCCAUCCUAGAUAACUCGCCGUCGGGGACCGCCGCAGGCAAGGGACCGUCAGCAGCGAGGGCUCGGGACAGCAGCAUCGCAUCGAUGGCGUUAGAGGCCAAGACGGAGGUGAAGGGAGAGGAGUUGAAGCCGGUUCAGGGUCUUCAGGCCUUCUCGCGAGGCGUUCGGGCGGAGGGUGAAGCUCUUCCGUGUAUUCCGGAGGGUCGAUCCGCGACGGUCGCGGCGGGAGGGCUACUGUCGACGGCCGGGCCGGGAGACGGGCCCUUGAUCCGCGCGCCGUCCGUGGGACAGACUGACCGAGCUGACGAGCAGACUCGUCAGUCGGCUUUGACGAGUCUGUCGAGGCAAGUCGGGCAGGGAUGGCGACAAAGGGGUAGCAUCAGGCGCCUUUUCCUGGCCAACCUCGCUGAAGUGUGUGCCUCCGGUCAGGUGCAGAGCUUCGCGGUCAAUGCCCUGAAGACCGCGGACAUGCCUAUGGUGCUCGCGCAACCGCUUGGGUACGGGUCGUUCGGACGAGUGGACGACGUGUCGUACGCCAGCCUCCCCGGCCAGUCGUUCGCCAUGAAGACCGUGACACAGGCCGCCAGUAUGUCGGCGAGGUUCUGUGCGUUGGUGGAGAUGACGGUGUUCGCACGGCUGGUGGUUGACCUUGCGAGAGGGGCCCACCAUAUGCACUCCAUGGGAUUGGUUCACCGGGAUAUCAAGCCGGGAAACGUCUUGGUGUUUGAGUCUGAGGAGCAUGGGCUGCAUGCCAAGCUGGCGGAUUUCGGGUUCGCCGCAGAAAUCGGGGAGAGGUGUCCGGGGGGAAUGGGCACGUCGGGGGCCAUGGCCUUCGAGACCAUGUCGGCGGAUCCAGUGUUGGGUGCACCGGCGCAAGACGUGGUUUCGGUGGCUGUCGUGCUCUUGAUGGUUUGCUUGAAGAGGGAGCGGAGGUGCUCAAACCUCUUCACGCAGCAGCUGGGGUACUUUGCUGCCCGGCAAAGAGUGCAUCGAACUUGCGUCGGCACAAGACAGGAGCUCAGAACGGCUGACGAGACCGCUAGGCUGGAAGUCCUCCUGGAACGUACUAGACUCGGCCAGGAUGUUUCGCACGAGACCAAACUCUUGGAGUUCGAGGUUUCCAGGAGGACGAUGGCAGACGGGUCUUUCGUGGCGUGGCUUUCACCGGACAAGUUUGACCUGACGCUUGAAUCGUCCGAGAAGCUUGUCGGCGUACUCCCGUCCCUCCUGGCGGUCGACCCUGAGAGCAGGGAAGACAUGGACUUUCUCGUCCAGUUUACCUCCCACCUCGCCGAAUUGAACAAGGGCUCAGAACAACCCGUAGAGGAGCCCGGGCGUGGGGGAUAG